AUGGCGUUGUAUAGGUCUGUGUGACAGGUUAGCAUCCGAAAAACACCUCUGGACAGACGCGUCUGCGCACUGUAAACCGCUGCCGACGGCGACGGCGGGGGGAGAAAUAAGGAUGGGGUCCCGAAUCAAGGAGAGCCCGGAGUCCACUUUUGAGGUGUAUUUGGAGGUAGCCCACGCAGGCACACGCAGCUCUGGGCCAGAGGUGCGAAGACAGUAUCCUGAAGACUACACAGACCAGGAAACUCUCCAGACUGUGCCCAAGUUCUGCUUCCCUUUCAGCAUGGACAGGCUGACAGUCAACCAGGUUGGCCAGAACUUCACAUUCGUGUUGACUGAUAUUGAGAGCAAACAGAGAUUUGGCUUCUGCCGCCUCUCCUCGGGUGCCCACACAUGCUACUGCAUUCUCAGCUACCUGCCCUGGUUUGAAGUUUUCUACAAGCUGCUUAAUAUCCUGGCAGACUACACCAUUAAAGGCCAGGAAAGCCAGUGGCAAGAGCUCCUGGUGUCAUUGCACACACUCCCUAUCCCUGAGCCUGGAGUCCCUGUUCAUCUUGGCGUGCAUUCCUUCUUCACUGUGCCUGACACAGACGAACUCCCCAGCAUACCUGAGAAUAGAAACCUAACAGAGUACUUUGUAGCAGUAGAUGUCAAUAACAUGCUUCACCUGUAUGCUAGUAUGCUUUAUGAACGUCGAAUCCUCAUCUGCUGUAGCAAACUAAGCACUUUAACAGCUUGUGUCCAUGGGUCUGCAGCCAUGUUAUAUCCAAUGCACUGGCAACAUGUUUACAUUCCUGUCCUGCCUCAACAUCUGUUAGACUACUGCUGUGCCCCAAUGCCCUACCUCAUCGGAGUACAUUCCAGCCUGCUGGAGAAAGUUCGAGGUUUGGCUCUAGAUGAUGUGGUGAUUCUGAAUGUGGACACAAACACCUUGGAAACCCCCUAUGAUGACCUCCAAAGCCUGCCCAAUGAUGUGGUUUCAUCUUUAAAAAGUCGACUGAAGAAGGUUUCAACAACAACUGGAGACGGUGUGGCUCGAGCCUUCCUCAAGAGUCAGGCGGCUCUGUUCGGCAGCUACAGAAAUGCUCUGCAGAUCGAGUCGGGUGAGCCAAUAACAUUCAGUGAGGAAGUCUUUGUGAACCAUCGCUCCAAUGCCAUGAGGCAGUUCCUCCAGAAUGCCAUCCAGCUGCAGCUCUUCAAACAGUUCAUUGAUGGCCGCUUGGACCUGUUGAACUCAGGCGAAGGUUUCAGUGACACCUUUGAGGAGGAGAUCAACAUGGGAGAAUAUGCAGGCAGUGACAAGACCUACCACCAGUGGCUGUUCACUGUGAAGAAAGGCGGCGGGGCUAUCUUCAACACCGUGAAGACCAAGGCAAACCCAGCCAUGAAGACCGUUUACAAGUUUGCUAAGGACCAUGCAAAAAUGCGUAUCAAGGAAGUCAAGAGCCGGCUGAAGCAGAAGGAGCAGGCAGAAAAUGGCUUCUCUACAGCAGGGUCAGCGGUUAUCGAUGAGGACAACAGAGUGGGCUUUACCUCUUUCACUGGUGCGGUCAGGAGGGAGGGGCCUCUGCGAACCUUGGAAGACCACAGGCCAAUCACUGUGCACUUUGGACAGGUGGGCAGGAAUGAGGGACGGCCACCAAUGCUGUUGAAGAGACCGAGCAGCAAUGUGAGUCUGGAAAGCAGCGUUGACCAGCCACAGCCGUACCGCUCCUUGAAGGAGGUGGAGUUGAUAGAAGGGGACGAUCCAGGUUUUGGGGCCGAAAGCCACACUGCCCCUCCCAGCCCAGUUAAUGAGAAGUUCUCCAAUGUCAACCUGCUGGGCGAUAUCUUUGGCUGCCAGGACGAGCCUGACAGCCAACCUAUGACGUUGGCUAAAAGUCUUGAGGAUCUGAGGACUCCCAAAGAUUCUGAGGAGCUACAAGCGAAGUUCACCUACCAGCGGAUGGACUUGAGUGCCAGUGAACACUCUCGAACGCUUCCAGGCCUCAAGCUCUCCAACCCUUACAAUAAACUGUGGAGUAUAGGGCAGGAUGAAACAGCCUUGGUCAUUGGCGUGCCUCCUGUCUGUGAUAGACCUCCAUCUGUCCAACUUCCUGUGCAGACAGAAACCCACUCUCCGAGCCGAGAAAGCUCCGGCCUGGGCCCGGACCCAUUGGACCUUUCCACCCCUGGCAACAUCACCAUUCCACGCCCCCAUGGAAGGAAGACGCCUGAGCUUGGUAGUGUCUUAGCACCUCCCGUGGCUCAGUCGCGCUCUAAACCAGCAGGAGCUGGUGAAGGAGGGACUACAUCAGGGGGACAAGAGUUUAGGCAAGCCCUGAGCAUGACCACAGAUGGAGACCUGCUGAAGUCCAGUAAGGCCGCUGGGGACAGUAUAGAUCUGAUAAGCCUUCUAGACCCCCUUAACAGCUCAGCAACAACCAGUUCCACUUCACUGAGUGACGGGGUAGAUAUUGGUGGAUCGUCAUUUACCUGCAAACCAACACUACCACCCAGGUCUUACCCACAGGGCUUGCCCCCCUUCCCACUGCAUCCUCACAUAUCACUCAACCCUUUUGCCCAGUCUCUGCCGCACACCUCCCCUCAAAUGCAUUACUCACCGACUGUAAGUGGAAAUCCCUUCAGUGCAGUCUACGGGCCUCCAGCAGGCUCCUACUUACACAUUCCACCCCAGCCACAGUCCUUUUCUACACUACCGGGGAUCUACAGACAACAUUCACCAGGCAGUUCAACUCUGCCGCCCAGCUAUGGACUGCUCCAGUCAGCCUUCCCCUCCUCAGUCACAUCCCUGCCUCACUCGUCUGCCAGCAAUCACGCUCUUUCUAGCCUGACGGACUCAUCUGUUCCCUGUACAGCCAUGAACACACUGGCAAAGCCACUUCGUGCUGAGGGAGACAGCAAGAUGACUCAGGAUCCUUUUGGGGAUCUGCUGACAAUGGCCAAGCCAGCUACACCCCAAAAAAAGAAGGUGGAGGACCUUCGGAGGAGGUGGGAAACAUUCGACUAAAACCUGUGAAUAUGUACUGAGGUGCCCCUCUUUGUCAGUACCCACACUUCCCUCACUGCUGUAUGAGGACCUUCUGUUGCAGUACUACUCUACUCUGCUUAUGCAACUCACAGUCGUAGUAGAAUAAAAGCUGAACUGUUCCAGCUAUUCUUAAAGACAUUCUAAGGAAUGCAGGUUGAGUCUGUAAGAAUCGUCCUAAUUGUCUGAUUCUGUUUUGUAUGUGUUUUAAAACCAUGCUGAGGAAUGAAAACAAGAGUUGAUCACAACAUGUGGGCUAUGCCAGUUUUUUAACCUUAGGUUAUGUCACAGCGUAUGUGCUUAAAUCAGUCAGAACAUACUGGAUACAAAUUAGUGAUUGCCACAGACAAUAAAUAUAAGACUUGUAGGCAUUGUUAGCUAGCAAGCUAAGAUUAGUUAGGGAACGUUAGGCUUACAUUAUUCCCCCUGCAAGCUUAACAUUAAACAUCAGUGGUGGUUUUUAGACAGCAGACGGUUGCCCUCCGUCACCUUCAUCGUUCCAGUGUCAAGACAGCAACUGAAAUAGGCACCAGCAGCAAGGAGACAGAGGGUGCAGCAGCUGAACAUGUCUGCUUAUUUGCCACUGCAGUCUGAGAUGAUGCUAGCUGAAUGUUCUUUCUGCUUGCUACUGUAGCUCACCAUGAGACCACGGCAACCGUAGAAACCACACAGAAGAAAGCAAUGCAGGAGCAUCUGAUGUCCCUGAGUCUCUUCAACAUCAGUAAACAGAUGGUCAGAACACACAGCUCAGUUUGCUAUGAUAAUAAUCCUUAUCAUAAUCAUAUUGUUAACCAUUUCUUCUUCAAAUUACAACCUGGUCUUUUUCACUAAUCAAUGAGAUAAGAGUAGGCGGAUAGCAGCAACCUGUAGCAUAGGAUGCAAGUUGUAAAUGCUUUCAGAUGCAGCCAGCAGUUGCCACGGCAGCAGUCCAACCUGCUUCCGCCCUUUUGAAAUACAUGUGUCCAAUGUCCAGGCAGCAGACAGAGUGGUGACUGCUUACUAUCUGAAAGCACCUCAACUCACAAUACUCAAGACUCUGCUGUAAUCAUUAAGAGUUUCACUAGAUCAUGGACCCCACUUUCAGUUCUGGGCCACAGUCAUUGAGUGUAUUUGCGUUCUAUGAUUACCCCUCUAUAUAGCUGUUUUUAUUUUACUUGGGGGGUCUGUCUGUCUGUCCAGUGCAGGACUCAAAUUGUGUAACCAUGCAAAAGGGAUUCAUAGUCAAACAUAGUUUUUUUUAUCAUUUUCAAUCAUUUUUUUUAUUGUCAGUUUUACAGGUUCACAUGUGAUUCAGUCAGGGUCCGGAACGAUUGGCGAUAACGCUUGUUUUUGUUUUUCUAUCAGUAAAUUAACGUCACAUCUCUUGUGAUUGGGCCAGCAGGAAACCGAGGCAGACGAGGCUGACUCAGACAGAUUCUUACAACUACAUUUGCACUAGUUGUUGUUUACCAGAGAAAAGGAAACACAUUCUGUAUCUGCGAAUAUGGAGCUGAUGGCAAAUCAUCUGGUGUAACAUUAAUGUGUGAACUCUGCAGCAACAACACACGACACUCUCUGCAGCAGUUGCCAGUGAUGUCAGUGAAAUCAGCCACAUUAAAACUCCAGCUACGUUGUAUAUUCAACAUUUACCUUACUACCUUACUGAUCAACAGAAAAUUUCAAAUAGAAAAAUAAUGACUCGGCCCUAAUAAGCCUCAUCAUUGUUGAAUAUUCACUUUCACAGACUCCUAAAAAUCAUGGAAAAUCCAUAAUGUUACCUCUUGUGGUCCGGUCAGUGUGCUGCUGUCCGCUCCAGCAAAUGUCCAGGCUGGAAGCCGAGCGGUUUGAUGGUGGGUCCACAGGUAGAGAGGAUGGAGUUGGAGAAUAACCCCGUUCUGUACAUCGGGUGAAUUAUGUUACUGAUUUUUUGGCUCGUUGACAAGCUAAUCCGUAGUAGGAAGUACUGGGCCUCUUCCAAUGGUGAUUAACGUUAGAUGUGCAUAUUUUCAAAAUUCACUGAUGCUCUGCAGGAUGGAUGUGGCCCGCGAGCCAGCAGUUAACAAUCACUGAGUUAUGGGCUGGGUCCAGAUCAACUUGUUCAGUCUGGGUGUGGAUUAAGGUCCGGACCCUGAGAUGGUCUUGUUCUAGACUGUAACUGCUCUUGUGUGUCGUGCAUAUGGAGUACAGCUGUGCAUAUGCAUCAGAGAUAAUGUAUCUUUACAGUACUGCUACAGAAGUUUCUGAUCCAGUUACCUGUUCCCUCCCCACUACCACUACUUCUGCUUUGACCAGUACAAGUAGGACCGUGUGUCUGGUGAACAAAAUCGUCUGAAUAUGGAUAUUUUGAUAUGUUAUUUCACUUUCCCGCCAUUCGACCCAGGAUAUCACACAAAGCAGGCCUUGCUCCAAGACGUUCAGGUGCCAACAGUUCGUAGACCGUUGCCACUCCCGAACAAAUUGUUAACGCAAUUCUUUGCAAAGCAGCCUCUUGUGUCAUUGGUCUAAACAUGCCACCACAUUAGCAUAGUGCUAAGUAUAGAUCAGUAUAGAUUUGUGACUUUGAAAACAGCACACAGUAUUCCCCGAAAGAGGCUAAUUUACACACUCACAACAGCAUAUGUCUAAAUGAUGUCAACUUCUACGAUUAGCUUGUAUUAUUACCAGUAGCUAGUCUGCUAUAGUUGAUGAACAUCCUAAUGGUAUUAUGGUACUGUAGCUGCAAAGUGUGGUGCAUCUCAAUCACCUAUAGUUCACCUAUUGAUGUUUUUGGUAGCUUCAUGCACAGUGUUUUUUCUUUGUUUGUUUCGUUUUUUUUGCCUUCAUGGUGAAUCCGCCUUUGGUUUCUCUCACUGACCUGUGAACAUCUGUUGCCUCCUACUGUUUUUUAAAAAGAAUUUUUAAGAAAACCUGCAAGCCUAAAAUAGAUUGUAAUGUCCCUAAACUGAUUUUAAACAUUUGUGUCUAAUUAAAUAUACAGGGACUUUGAAACACUAUUGUAUAUCUGUUGUUUUAAAGGGUCCUUUCGCCAAUUCUGCUGCUGAUAUAUGCACUCUUCCUGUUGUUUUUUGUAUUACUUUGUGUUUGAUGACAGUAAUAGGCUAAUGAAUUACAGGCUGCUUACACAUUGUGAUGUCAAGUGUGCAGAGAGAGCAGAAAUCGUGGUUCUCACAAUUUUGCCACCAGUUUCUACAGCUGUGGUGACUUUCCACCAGCAGGAACUGUGUGGCUGUCUCGCCUCGUCAUCCUCUCUGUGUUCCAGGCCAUCUUGGAGCGUUUGUGGUGAAUGCCAAAAAGUCCUAAUCGCUUCAAAGUGCUGUACAGCUCUAGUUGCUGUUGUGUGUGUGUGUGUACAGAUGACACUAUAUUUGUUCUAAGACUGAUUAAAGAGUGGUGACUAGUCUCCUACUGCACUUGCUUAAAAUACAGCUAUUUCAUCAUCACGUCACCUUCACUUGAUUAAAACUGCCACGCCUGACCCUCUAUUGUGUAUCAUUACUCUUUCACAGUGCACUGUGUAGAAGUUGUGUAGGAGAAAACUUCAAAUGAUUUUCACAAGAUUCCCAGUUCAUUUCAUCAUCAAUAAAAUUAGACACACUGCCAACACCUCUCCAGGAGUCAGAGGACCAAUUUCAAUUUCAUCAUCGUCCAAGGUGAUUAGCCUAGCUUAGCAUGACAACUGAAAGCUGCAGGAAUCAGUGUAUUAAUACACCUUCCAGUAUUUCCUGAUCAAACCAAGUGACUUUUCAAGGCAAGCAAUGCCAUGAACGGAUGUCCUUCAUUUCCGAAUCACUUUUUUUGAGGAAAGACAUGCUCAUUACUGCAGGUACUUGUAGCUUUUGCCUGGUCCUGCAUAAUGCAUGAUGGGACUGACUCCAACCCCUGCGCCACUGAGCAGCAUUAGAUGUGUAGCUUCAAUCAGAGGGUAUGACGCUUCAC